AUGAGAAACUACCUGUGGCGAGCGCGGCACAAGCCUGUACAUAAAAUCUCAGUGAUUCAUUCAGAUGGGAGUGUGGGGGCUCUAGAGGAGCAUGGGAUUACUGCCUCUGAACUCAUGCAGAGAUACCCACAGAGAAUUGUAAGCCAUGCUAAUUCCUUUUACAUUGGAAAAAAAGUCCCUGUUUUAUCUUCAGGGGAGAAAUUGGAAGGUGGGCAGAGCUAUUUUCUUCUUCCAGAGAGAAUGCAGGGAAGCAUUUUGUCAGCUGCUUGGUUGGCUUCUUUAGCAGGUGGAGGCUCCAAAGCUGUCUCUCCCCUUCAUGGCAGAUGUUGUGUGAUGUCUGUGGAGACUUUUGAGAUAGAGAAGAGAGAAGAUGGGCGCUUACAGCUCAAGAUCUUACCACAAUUUAUUCAGAAGCUUUUGGAAAAUGGAAAGAUGAAUGCCCAAUCUAGUAAAGAUGAUUGUUUUAGUCAUUCGGGUCUGUGCAGUACUCCUCAGUUGCAGAAGGAUUAUCAACAGAUGGUAAAGGUUAGAGGGCAGGCUUGGAAGCCCAGGUUGGAGACCAUUGUAGAAAAACGAAAUGGAUUCAAGUUGUUUGGAUUGAAAAGAAAACGUAGGGUUUGA